AUGUCUCAAACAGAGGUCCUAUCCAGCCUUGCGUCACUUCCUUCACCUCUGCCCCCCACCCCUGAAGUCGAGGUCUUCACCAGAGAACAGUGGGACAUUCUCUUUUCGAUCAUGGGAGUGUUUGUUCCCUCCAUCUCCGUCAGCAGUGAUGAAAAGAACUCGGCGAUCUCCCCCGCGGAGCUUGACCAAGCUGUCUCUAAGCUCAAACAAUACCUCCCCGAGGGCUCCUCCGAAGAUGUAGUUAAAGAUUAUCUCGCAGAAUCAAUCGUCCCAGAACCAGCCUUCAGGGAACAUGUGGCGCGGCAAUUCACACUAUUCAUCCCACCCUCAGGUGUCAAAGGUCUAGGCUUCGUCCUCUCCGCCCUCAAUACCACAGUGGGAUCCUAUCUGCUCACGGGCUACUCUUCGCCAAUCCACACUCAAGACCUCCUAACCCGCACGAGUAUAGUCUGCAACUGGGCCCACUCCCGCCUUCCGCCCCUCCGCGCGGUCUUCCGCUCCGUCAGCGGUCUAGCAAGACAAUCAUGGAUCGCCACAUCUCUCCAGAUCCCCCGUGUGAUCGGAUUUCCCCCAACACCCAAACACAUCGAACGAAAUCCCAGCUACGCCUUCAAAUUCCACGACUUCACUUCACCAGCAACACCCGCCAGCCUCACCACCGAUGUCAUCAUCAUCGGCUCUGGUUGUGGAGCAGGGGUUACAGCCUCCCACCUCUCCCGAGCAGGACUCAAAUGCCUCGUCCUAGAGAAAUCCUAUCACUUCCCCUCGACACACUUCCCCAUGUCCCCCAAUGAAGGAAAAGAGCACCUAAUGGAAAACGGCGGAUUCGUCGCAUCCGACGACGGCUCCAUAGUCGUACUAGCCGGCAGCACAUUUGGCGGCGGGGGGACUGUCAACUGGUCCGCAUCGUUACAGCCACAAUACGCCGUGCGCGAAGAAUGGGCGGCCAGCGGCCUCCCUCACUUCACGGGCGUCGAGUUCCAGGACUGCCUCGACACCGUCUGUGAAAGAAUGGGCGUGGCCAAAGCCACAGACCUAGAAUCCCUACGCAAGAUCGAGCACAACUUCACCAACAGCAUGCUCCUCGAAGGCGCGCGACGCCUGGGCAUGAACGUUGAAGUGGUACCGCAGAACACGGCGUCAAAGCGCCAUUUUUGCGGCUACUGCACGUACGGCUGCGCAAGCACCACUAAACAAGGGCCCGCCAACUGCUGGCUCCCCGACGCCGCCGUCCACGGCACCGAAUUCGUCGAAGGCGCCUUCGUGGAAGAAAUCGUCUUCGAAACCAUCGAUGGCCGCAAAACCGCCGCUGGCGUCAAAGCAACGUGGACAUCACGCGAUCGCCAAACCACACGCAGCCUCGCAAUCUCCGCUAAGCGCAUCAUCGUGGCUGCAGGAGCGUUGAACUCGCCUCUCGUCCUCCUGCGCAGCGGGCUCAUAAACCCACACAUUGGCGCAAACUUGCAUCUCCACCCAACCAGCACGAUCUGGUCCGUCUGGCCCCAACGGACGAACCCAUGGGAAGGCUCGAUAUUGACUGUCGCCGUGACUUCGCUCGAGGAUCAGGACGGAGCGCACCACGGCCCCAAGAUCGAAGCCAUCUGCUCAACCCCCGCGUUCGGGAUCGCCAAUCUACCGUUCCGCGUACCUGCCACCCGAACGCAAAAACCCAUCCUCUCGUCUGCCCUCGACCUGAGACUCAACGCCGCCAAACACGGCCACGGUGCCGGCUUCAUCUCCAUUACCCGGGACGCCGACAGCGGGCGUGUAUACUUCGACCCGUCAGAUCCAACGCGCCGCCGGGUGCGCAUCGCCUAUACCCCUUCGUCCCGCGACCUCCGGCACCUGCUCGCAGGCCAAUUGGCCGCUGCGCGCAUUCAAUUCGUCAUGGGCGCUUCGGAGAUUGACACAUGCCAUCCGGGCGGAGAGCGGUGGGUGCGGCCAUCAUCAGUAUCAGUGGCCGUCAACACCUCGACAGACGUGGACGUGGAUGAAGAGUCUUUCUGCCGCUGGCUUGCAAGUAUACGUGCUCGAGGCCUAACGAGCCCGGACCCCUGCAUGGUGGGCUCUGCGCAUCAGAUGGGCACAUGCCGCAUGAGUUCGUCGAGUAAGAAUGGCGUCGUCGACAAGCAUGGUAAAGUCUGGGAUAUCGAUGGGCUGUAUGUUGCGGAUGCGAGUGUGUGUCCGAGUGCGACAGGGGUGAAUCCCAUGAUCACGACGAUGGGGAUCGCCGAGUGGAUUUCCAGAGGGAUCGUAAAGGAGAUAAAAAGGGACAAGAACCAGGGAGAUUGA